AUGCAGCUGCCAAAACCAUUCUUCGGUGCGCUGGCAGGAGCGUUUAUUUCUCUCCAGUUGCUGUUUCUCGCGAACAUGUGUUAUCUGUAUGGUACUGCCUAUCACGAUUCGAUUCGAUUCAGCAUGAUGAAACUUUUGUUUAUAGAUUAUGAUCAGGACGUGAUAGGCCAGUCCGUCAUGACAGCGUACGAUCAACUAAAAAGCCCGUCAUUUCCAACCAUCCAGCGACAUUCCGUAGACGAAUACCCCACGGAGCAGGAUGUGCGAAAUGCUGUUUGCAAAGCCACGGCGGUUUCUUCCGCAGAAGCCGCUAGGGAGUAUAAUAACUCUCAGGCACUGACUUAUAUCUGGAACGGAGCUAAAUACUCUGCCUAUGCCCAAAGUGUGUAUUCGAUGCUGGUUCAGCUCGUCCAUGGUACAGCCGGUGCUUAUGACCAGAUGAAUGGAACUACAAUAUUAUCCACCGCCAAUGUCUCCGACCCAUACAUCGCCAAAACUGUGCUGAAUCCUAUCUCAAGCUCUUCAAUUGAUCUCCGGCCUAUUGCUCAAGGAGUUCGAUUCUACUACAACACUGUUUCCAUGGUCAUGCCCAUCCUGCAACAGUUCUUUUUUCUCAUGGCGCUCAACGGUAUUUCCGCACAGUUCAACAUCUUCUCCGGCCUAUCACUAAAGCAGAAUAUCGCCCUCCGGCUGGCUUUCUCCAUUUGCCAUACCUUCAUCGCCUCCCUCUGUAUGAGUGGUUACACAUGGGCCUUCCGGGAGGAUUGGAACGCCACGUCAGAUCAAUUUGGGCUGACAUGGAUGGCGAUCUGGCUAGUCAUGCACCUAAACUUUCUGAUCAUCGACGCUGCCACGGCAUUCAUUCCGAUGCAGUUCAUGUCAUUCUUCAUGUUAACCUGGAUCAUCCUCAAUGUCUCAAGCAGUAUCGGCCCCUUUGAGCUCUCGCCAGGGUUCUACUGGCUGGGCUAUGUUUUCCCUGCCCACGAACUCUACGAGAUCCUGCUUCAGAUUUGGACUGAUGGCUGCAACCCGCACUUAUAUCGCGCCCUUCCCAUUUUAUGGUCCGAGUGGGUUGUUGCUCUUGGUCUGUCUUUUCUUGGAAUGAGGAAGCGCACUAAGCCGGCCGUCCCUGUCCAAGCGACCAGUCAAACAGCGAAGGAGGAUAUGGCCUGA